GAAGCAUUGAUGGUCCCAGGCGGUCGAACACGUACCUGCUGGCAGGGCCUGUGGACGUAAUCCUCGUCUGUGGUUCAGGGAAAACAUCUCAGUUCGGCUCCUCUCGGUAGUAAAAUACAUGGCGUAUUUGUGAACGAGCCUUAAACUGUGCCGUGAGCACUAAAAAUGUCAUCGUCAUCGAUGCCUUCGGUGUGGAUGGAGAUGGUGUGGCCGACAGGCUCCUUGCUCAGGUGGAGGCUGAAGGCCACGGAAAGGUGAUGGCAUGCAAGGCAAGGCAGAAAUUUGACCAAACACGUGAAUGUUUUUCCUCGCCCUCUACCUUUGCCCCGGCUGUUGCGCUGCAUUCCGGUCGGGAGCAGUCCGACCUACUCCACCACGAUGUUCAGCCUCAGGGUAUUCCUACAAAAAAUCCUGAUUCUUCUGCACGUUACUACGUGCGUUGUUGUUGGCAAAACACUGAUGAUGCUCUUCCCCAACACCAUGAAAAGAUACAUCCUAAAACAGGGCGAGAAGAGCAGAAUGAAUAAGAAUCCAAAGUUCAGCUACGAAAAUUGGGGUCCGACUUUUUUCAGCUUCAAGUAUUUGCUCUUCGUGCUGAAGGUGAAGUGGAAGAGGCUGGAGGACGAAGCCUUUGAGGGAGAUCCCGCUCCCAACACGCCGGUGGUGACUUUCAACGGGGAAGUUUGUCACCUCUUUGAUUUCAUGCAAGAUAACCGACCUUUAAUCCUGAAUUUUGGAAGCUGCACCUGACCUUCAUUUAUGUUAAAAUUUGAUGAGUUCAACAAGCUCGUCAAAGAUUUCAGCCCUAUAGCAGAUUUCCUCAUCAUCUACAUCGAAGAAGCUCAUGCAGUAGAUGGAUGGGCUUUUAAAAACAAUAUUGUCAUUAAAAAUCACAGAAGCCUUGAAGAUCGCAAAAUUGCAGCACAAUUUCUUCAGAAAAAUAAUCCUUUAUGUCCAGUGGUUUUAGACACUAUGGAAAACCUGAGCAGUUCAAAAUACGCUGCAUUGCCAGAACGACUGUAUCUACUUCAAGGAGGGAAGGUCAUCUACAAGGGAGGAGUGGGGCCUUGGAAUUAUCACCCCCAGGAAAUACGCACUAUCCUGGAAAAACUCAAGUAGAAAAAGAAAAGAGGACUUCAGAGUAAAGACUAUGUGGAUGAAAAAGCUCAAUUAAUAUGUUUUCAUAGACAUAAGAAGAAAAAAAAUAUUAAAACUAACAAUAGAGACCACAUGGAAAAGAAUAUUGUGUGUGCAUCUAAAGAGCAUCUCUAAUGUGGUUCAUGAUGUGUUUGUCUAGAGGUUUUCAAGUCUCAUCACUACAACCCCAACUACUGCAGCACUGCAGUAUCUUACUACGCUUAUACCACAUGCAGUAACGAAUAGUAGUUGGGUCUGUUAUCUGUCAUGACGGGAUACCAGCGUGUACAUUUGUAAGGAAUAUCCUGCAGGAUGAACUUCAGGGGUGGUGACAUUUGAAAAAGUCGACUGGCAUGCAAAACGACCUAUUUCCCAUUAUUAGGAUUCUCUUUCUCUUGAAUACAUAGAAUUUUCCUAAAUGUUCACUUUUGCUGACUUCACAAGGAUUCUGAAUAAGACAAUCUCUAUC